UAGAUGGUUAGGGUUAGGUUAGGUUAGAUCGGGUGGUGGGUGGCGCAUCGAAAGGAGCGUCUUUGGUCGCGAUCGUAGACAGUCGAGCAAGUGUAAAUUCGCGGCUGCCGCUCGCGGUUGUGCUCGCGGCGUGAUGCGGAACGCAAACGGGGAGUCGCAUCGAUCGCAUCGCCGCGCGGCGUUUCCUCCGUUCGUUCCCGAGCUACUGUCUCGCCGCGUAUGAACGACGCCUCCAGCGUCAACGUCACGUCACGUCGCGUCACGUCGCGUCGCGUCGUUCGCGGUCGUACGAGUAACCUCCGCGCGCGAAGGCAAAUGGAGACGAACAUGGCUCGGCCGAUCGUGUGGUUUUCUUUGGCACGGUGAAAUCUCUGGUUGAUUGUUCCGGAGGUUCUCGAGCUAAGGAGCGCCGACGACGACGACGACGACGACGACGACGACGGCGGCGGCGGCGGCCCCGCACGAGACGCGCGUAUUGCCUGUGCAGAGAAACCGUGCGAGAGAGAGGAAGGAUGAUUCGAUCGAGAGGGAAGUGAAGAUUUGCCGUCACCCUGGCGCGCGACAAAUCGGGUCAAAGGCCCGGAUCCUCGUCCUCCUCGUCCUCGUCCACGGAGCGGCUGCAAAAGAUGCCCGGACCGUCGACGCAAGACAGACCCCGUGCUCAUCGACUCACCGACAUCGAGCCGCAAACGGCGAAGGGCCUGGGAUGUAAUCGAGCGGACGAUUUCAGUACACCUGUUAGUUCUGGCAGCAACAUGAGUAGCAUCGCGCGCUUUCCCAAACUCGACGAGUGCGCCCAUUUUCACUACGAGCACGUCGAGCUCGGUACUCUGGAGGUAUCCGUCAACGACGGUUCCAACGACUCUGACAGUUACGCCGUUAGAAUAACGUCCGGAGACGCUUGCUGGACGCUGCAGAGAUCCUACGACAAUUUCGUCAUGUUCGACAAACAACUGCAUCGCUGCAUAUUCGAUAGAAAAUUCUCCUCCCUAACGAAGCUUCCAGAUAUACGGCCAAAAAACGCCUGUGAUAUACUGAAGGAUUACCUGAGCCGAUUCUCGCAGCUGAAUCACGAGGGCCUGAACUGCGGCCCGGUGUUGAAUUGGUUGCAACUCGACAACAGAGGCAGGAGAAUCCUCGUCCCGGAAUCGGACUCCUGCCCAAUAAAUACUCCAGCCGUUGCCGCGGCGUACGCCGUAAGACCUUACACCGCUCAAGCGCAGGAUGAAAUUUCCUUCCAGGUAGGCGACAUGAUAUCCGUCAUAGACAUGCCCCCUCCGGGGGAGAGCACAUGGUGGCGUGGCAAGCACGGAUUCGCGGUUGGAUUUUUUCCAGCCGAAUGCGUCGCCGUGAUCGGCGACAAGGUGCCGCGUCAUCUGACGGUCUCGACAACGGUCAGAUCGAGAUUACCGGUGAAGCCCGUGUUGCGAAAGCACGGCAAGCUAAUCGCAUUCUUUAGAUCCUUCAUACUGAAUCGGCCCUCCAGAAGGAGGUUGAAGCAAUCGGGCAUAUUGCGAGAGCGUGUGUUUGGCUGCGAUUUGGGAGAACACCUGCUAAAUUCUGGUCAAGAUGUGCCGACCGUUUUGACGUGCUGCGCGGAAUUCAUAGAGAAGCACGGUCUAGUCGAUGGUAUAUACCGCCUUAGCGGCGUAACGUCCAACAUUCAGAAACUGCGAAACGCCUUCGAUGAGGAUCGAGUCCCGGCGUUGCAUUCCGACGAGAGUAUUCUGCAGGAUAUACACUCCGUGGCGUCACUAUUGAAGAUGUACUUCAGAGAGCUGCCCAACCCGUUGUGCACGUACCAGCUUUACUCGACCUUUGUCAGUGCGGUUCAAGCUGGCACCGACGCCGAAAGAUUGAGACGUAUGAGAGACGCGGUUAGAAAGUUACCACCACCUCAUUAUAGGACACUAGAAUAUCUGAUGCGUCAUCUGGUGAGGGUAGCCGCACGCGGCACGGAAACAGGUAUGACUCCGCGCAACGUGGCCAUCGUCUGGGCACCGAACCUCCUGAGAUGCAAGGAGCUGGAAGUAGGUGGUGUAGCGGCGUUACAAGGUGUCGGAGUGCAAGCUGUCGUGACGGAAUUUCUAGUCUGCUACGCUGAGCUCAUAUUCGGGGAUGGCCCGGUCGGUAGACCAAAGUCUCUGGCGAUCACCACAUCCGCGCGACUGCUCACACUGGAGGAGGCGCGCAACAGAAGCCUCCGGGGUGAGCCCGAUUACAUAGAAGUGGGAGCAGGUCCAGCUGGGUUACCACUGCGCUAUCAUACGGUCAUCGAGCUGCCGCGCAAGAGAAACGGCUCGAAACGAUCGCCUUCGCUAAAUUGGCGGGCGUUAUUCGGCAGAGGUGCUUUGGGCGCCAUGGGCAAGACCAGACAGAUCGGCACGCCGCCGCAAGCGGAAACGGUACCGAGCUCUUUGAACUCCCUGCGGCGGCUGAGACCCGUCAAAAGCGCCGACAGUUUGGACGGCGAGGACAGCUUGGGUCCGCUCUUGGGACCGCCACCUACGAGAACUUGCGGUCACAGUAGAUCCGUCUCGCACGACUCUUACUUUGAUCACUUGGCAGACGCCCCUAGUGCACCAUCGCCGCUGGAUCUCUCGGAGAUACAGCUCAAUUUCGAUUUGGAAGAACGAGAAAUGAGGAUGUUCUCGGAGGAGGAAGGCGGCGGUGUAGCGUCGGUGGAAGCAUCGCCGCGUCGACAGAGGACUGACGGAAGUCAGUGCACUGCCGUUACUGGCGGCUCUAAGAGGAAACGAUCUCGUUUAGAGGAAAGACUGCACUGCGAUGUCGAGCUGCGUUUCAUAGACAGCCAAAGUCCAGAUCAGGUUAUGGUAGCAACAAGCGCGGACAUUCACAGCAUCGACACGCCAUCUCCGUUACCAACGCCGGGUUAUUUACCGUUAUUGUCAGAAGCCUCUACCCCGCUUACGCCCGCCACGUUGCAAACCACGUCUCACUCCCCUUCGCCGGUACCGGCUAACAGUCCCAGAAUAAGCUUCCGAAGUUUCACUUUGCCGUUGGAGAUCGACGACGAACGCAGUAGUAGCAGCGCGAACAAAUUAACGGAGACCAGCGCGUCUUCUGAAAAGUCACCAGAGCCCGUUAAUCAUAGAUUAUCUAUCAAUUUGGAGGAACGGGACAGAGGAAUAGAAUCCUCCGAGGGAAUUCCAGCGUAUGACGGAUGCAUGGAGAAGUUGCACGAUAGAAAACGCACGAUAACUAAUUCGCUCUCGGACGCUAAGAGUCAGGCCGGGAGUCGAUUGAGCACGGUAUUCAACGGCGCGGAUGCGCCGUGCGACAACAGAUUAUCCGCCGCCUGCAGAGAAACGUCCGAGUCCAGCGGAAUUGUUCGCAAAGACGCGAUGGACGGAUUGUCCAAGUCGCACGACGGCGGGGAGACCGCAAGCGAUGUGAAGAAACGCGACGAACCCACCGAUUCGCAGAACAAUCUCAACGCAGUACGGGAAGCUAAUUUGCCGAGAUUGCCGUUGUCCAAUACGACCGAUCUCGACUCUCCGAUGUCGUGCGAGCAGACGCUCCAGGAGCUGCAAGAGUCCGGCUUUGUAAUUUGCGAUAGCACCGACAAAGUGUUCACCAAUACGGAAACGCCGCGCCUGAUCGGUAACACCAAUGAUUCCGGGGAGUGGGUGAUCAUAGGAAGAACAGCGGGCUCCCUGACAACGCCGAUUAGCGAGCCGACUAGUCCCAACAAUUCUUUCCUGGAGAGCAAUCCAACUAUAGCCAUUGCGACGCAGUUACGUCCGACGUCGGAUAAUGUUUCCGAAGCGUCCUUGGAUCUCGCGUUGACUUCCACCGUGGAUGCCUUCCGCCUCGGCAAGUCCGUGGAAAAUCGCGUGUCGCAGCAGGAGAGCGAGGAAAUGAUACUCGAUGUCGCAGACACGAAGGAAUCCGCGAGUCGCGAACACGAGAAUCAGAAAGGGGCCGAUCGCACAGGCUUUGAUCUUGAGAACGAGAGUAACCUCGUGGAUGAUCUUGAAAAUGAGUCCCACGCCCGACUGCAUGAUCGCGAGAACGGCAACCGAUACUCGUGCGACACGACGAGCGCGGAUAUCAAUUCGAGUCAAGAGGCUAAUAAUCUCACGAGAGAACAGCAGAUUCGUGCGUGCUACGCUGAAGCGGAUAACGCAAACGUGUUCGGCAGAAAUCAGAACGAAGCACGCGAGACGAAAGAGGUAUUCAGGGAGACUUUCGAGAGCUAUCAUCGUCUGUCGCGAGACACGAGCGUACGGCGGGUGAAUCACUCGAGAUUAUCCGGUAAAACUGAAGAAGACAAGGAGACGAAUCGUGUAACACGGGACGACCGCGACAACAACGAGCGUUGUUCGAACGGCCUGUCGGAAAAGUGCCAAAGUUUCGGAUACAACAGUUCGCAGAAAGCACAGCAGACUGAUUCGCAGCAGCAGCAGCGCAAGUGCACCCCUUCCAAACGUAGCGACACAAACGAUAGUCACAAAUGCGUAAAUAUACAAGCCGGUCAGAUGGCGAGUAACGUCGAGGUGAGAAUACCUUCGGAGAACGCGGCCGAGCCUUGCGAGGUCGCUCACGUGCCGGAGGGAGCGUCCGAGACAAUGGAGCGGACAAUAGACGCCUCGAGUACGUUUUCGAACGUCUCGUCGCCGAGCGCCGACGACGAGACGAUCGUUUUACGGGACACCGCGACCAUCCUGCAGGAAUUGGCCUUGCAGAGAUUAUCCGGCGGCGCUGUAGCGGAUCUGUCGUCCAGACGUAGAUACGAAAACGAAACGAGCAGAGAUCGGCGAAGCUUCGAUUCGGAGAUCGGUCGGGAGAUCGUCCGGGAGAGAAAGAUCAGGCAGGAGUUGGACUGCGCAAGAGGCAAGUCCGAGGAGCCGUCGCAACAUUUGCCGCCUUGUUUGCGAGCGCGCCACGCGAGAUCAACUCGCGCGGCGCUUAGUCGCUCCUUAGACGAGGCCAAGUUCAAUCGUAUGACGGGCGAGAUUGCAUUAUCGGUGAAGCAAACAUCGUCCGAGGACGCGCAGCACUGCUCCACGCCUAACGUCGGCAGCGGUUCCGGCGCAUGCUCCAACAUCUCUGAAAAGAUUCAGCUGAAGAAUCUCGGUGGCCUAGACUUGGGAGACCCGCAGUGUAGAGAAAGAAUCGAAAAGUACAAAGAGGAGAGGAGGACGUUCUUGAGGGACAAGUAUCGAUCGGAGAGCUUUCGCGGAAUUUCAUCCAGAACGGAGGACGACGGCGAACAAGCGUUGUUAAACAGGUUGAAACAGAGAGCUUCGAGACCCUCUCUUCAUUGAUCGAGUCUGGUCCUCCUCUUAAGUUUAAUCUCGACAGUAGUAGUAUAAAUAAGAGCCGCAGCAGUUGAUGCGUAAUCGGUGAUGACUAGUGUCUAGUAUACGUUUUUAGAGAAAGUGCAAAUUAUAGAGUUGUCGAAUUUCAUCGACCGACCAAAUUCCGCAAUCUUUUUCCUCUAACGCAACGUUAUUCUUCUCUCGUUUCGGAAAUAGUAGAACGAUCAGAUAGAAUGAAGUAUCGUACGGAAGUAUGGAUACGAGUGUAUGUAUGUCUGUAUGUGUGUGUGUUUGUGCGCGCACGUGUGUUUCCGAAUGAAAGUAAGAGAAUACGCUAUUUUAAAUCACGCUUCGUAUAUUUUUUAUUGAAUUUGCAUUAUAUCGCAGAUGCGCGCUAACUUAUCGGCUUAUUUGUACUACUUACAUGACUGCUAUCGCAUUAUAGAUGACGUACUAUUUAUGUAAUUCUCCAUCAAACGCUUUUACUUGAUCCACUAAACUGCUUGCGUCUCAUCGGUGCCACCGCAAAUCGAUUUGUAAAUGAUAUGUGAAAGUGGAUUACGACGAGGAUGGUAGAAUAAGUUACUCGGUCCAUGACUCAUCUUCGUCUCGCCUAUCGCCAUCAUUAACUAGCUUGAAUUGUAUGAACGUUUAUAAAACUCGUUAUUAAUUUAUUAAUGACUUGAAAAAAGAUAUUCAUUUUUAUUACUGUUAUAAGCUUUAAUAACAAAUUUUUGUAAUUAUUACUAUUAUUAUUAUUAUAUAUAUAUUAUUAUUAUUCUUUGAUUUUUAUAUUCAUUCGAAUUAUUUGUAUUGUUACGCUAGUGAAUGAAAAGUAAUUGAAGUGCUUUGAAUGUAUUAAAGUCAUGAGAAAGUUUGCGAAAUAAUUGAGGCUCGCGUGAGAAAAUUGAUAAGUUGUAAGAUAUUUGAGAAGUUGAUAUAUUUUAUUUUCAUAUAGGCAUACGGUUCGUUAUCAAGUACGUUUCUUCAUUAGGCGAGUUUCACAGUUGCCGCUUGUGAAAUUAUUUUUUCAUACAACUCGAGUUUUUCCAUGAGGAUAUUCUCAUUUUUUGUUCUGCAAAAUAUACGUUUGUACGUGCUUCCUGUGUUCCUUCGCUCCACGUUCGCAUUCGGCGACACGUGUAUUUUUUUAAUUUUACAACUACAUAAACAUUGCAUCUUAUCCGAAUUCCUACAAUUAUGCUUGAGGAAAAAUAAUCCGAUGCAUAUUUCAAUCUUGAUCUAACAACCUUGGACAUUGAAUAUUAGAAAGUUCCAACGAAUUUGUUUAUAAUUAUUAAGCUUACCGUUUUUUUACUCGUGCAUCAACGUUAUUGUCUCGUUAUAGACUGGUUCGUAACAACACUUAUGGAUAUAGAUGUCCUUUGAAAAGAGAGAGAGAGAGAGAGAGAGAGAGAGAGAGAGAGAGAGAGAGAGAGAGAGAGAGAGACACCGAUUCUUUCGAGUAGUUUACAUGUGUAACAUAUUAAUUUCUAUGACAAUGCGCUUAUCGAUGAUGAAAGCUCGCUUGAAAUCAAGAUUACUAUCUGAACAAAGCGGUCUCCUUAAAAACCGAGCGAUUAGAGCGCCGUUGGCCUCGCGUAUUAAUAUAUAAGUUUCCAUUAUUACGGACUAAGCGGUAGUUCUGUUUAGCUACCUCACCUCACUUCACCUCAUUACACCUCACCUUACCGCUAAUUACGGACGAAAUUGUAUGCCAAUUAAGAUUUAGUUGCGUCAAUAGUUUAAUUUAUUUUCGAGCGAGUUCUCAAUCGCUCGCCCGGCAAAGAGAAAGAAAUGUUGUUUUCACGGGCAGAGAAAUUCUUUUUUUCCGCAAAGACACAAUAAGAUGAAUCGCUAUUCCUUUUCCUUUGGGCGCGGUUUCGAGGACCGUUUAAUAAGACUGUGGCACAGUUAUCGAGUUAUGAUUUUAACUGUGCUCACGUCGUUGCGUUUCGCAUGUAGACGCAACGAGCGAGCAAACCACAUAUCCUAAUCCAAUACUCCACAGACAGAGAAAGAGACAGACAGAGAGAGAGAGAGAGAGAGAGAGAGAGAAACAGAGAAAGAUAGAGACAGGCAGAGAGCCAUGUACGCGGAAACGUGCGUUUUGAUCUCUCGCGAAUCGAAGCAUUUAAUCGGAUGAAUGACGAAAUUAUCGUUUGCGCAAUCACAUUAAGGAUCUCCGCACAAGAACGUCUGUAACACUUCAAGUUGCGUCAAGUGCUGACCGCAAACUGAAGUCUGUACGUAACAGUAAACUUAGGUCAACGCACAAAGACAAUCUUGUAACGUAACAAAAGUUUGAUUACGUGUGAUCAAGCGUCUCGUUAAUCGUGAAGGUUAGUGUGAAGUAUAUAUCAAGUAUUUUAUAAUGCAAAGAAGAUUGGAAGAGAAGCAUUUAAUUUAAUAAAUUAAUAUCUUAUCGGAAUUUUUCCUCAUUCUAUGGUAUGCCGUUUGUUUAUUCAUUUAGUCAAUACAAUGACUAAAUUUAAAAAACGUUAUAACAUAGAAAAAAUAAUAUAAAAAUUUUGAUAAGAUAUUUGUUAAUUGUCUCUACUGUUUGUUUUUUAUUACGAAAUAUUUGAUAUAUUUAUAUCUCAUACAUGUGCCUGUGUCACGCAAAACCAAGCUUUUGUUGCGUUAUGAUUGUGUGCAUUGAUUCAAAUUCACCGUCACCCACGAACUUCAAUUUGUGAUUGGAGCGUAACUUGAAGCGUCACGGACGUUUCUGUGCAGAGACCGUUUCAGUUGUAGCUUCUUUCCUUGACAACGUACGCGACAGUAGGUUUGGUUUCGAGCGAAUCUCUAGUUUCUCAACGAAAUCGCUCACUUUGCGCGCAGCGACUAAUCACGCCCAUUAUUAAUCAUCACCGAGAUCCCGGACGAGCCGUGCGAUACCGCGCGAGAGUCUCCCCUGACGAAGAAGUCGUCGCAAUCCCUUGCUCGCGGCUCGAUCGUGUCUCUGUCGCCAUCGAGGCCUGAAGAUCUGUAAGCAGCGUGCACGCACACAUAGCGCACUUACUGACGAUUAAUGAACGAUUAAUGACGAAAUACUUAGAGAUUCAAUAGUUGCUUCCCUGACUACUCUUAUCCCGGCGAUAGCGAUGGCCUAAUUAGGAAGAGAAGGUAUCUAGACGAGAAAACGCCUAAAGAACGAACCCCUCUCCACCUCGUUCCCUUCUCCCUUUCCCCGCCUCCGCCCCCCUCGCCGUUUACAAAUGAGGUACCUAAUUAUAUUUGUGCACAAUACGACGCGCAAUAAUGAUACAUCGAUCGAGCGAUGUGUAUUUUUAAUAAGUUGAGGAUUCAUGCGAUUCCGCGCAAUAGUUGUAGUAGACUAUCCUUAGAGACCUUCGGCCGAGAACACGAAACGACAAUUAUAAGUCGCGUAGAAGAAGUAAUGUUGUGUGUAAAACGAUACAAAGACUAAUUCUGUAAUAUUCAAAGGCUAAUAGUAAUCUUGUUUUUGAGUGUAGGAGGCUCUCACCGCCUUAUCUAUGGCCGGGCGCAUUUUCGCCCAUCCUCCCUUCUCCCUCGCCCCAUCCGCGUCUCUUCCUCCUCCUGCUCCCUUAGUUAUAAUCGCAUUUAGUAAUAAUUGUUUCCGUUAUAUGAGAGACUACUCUCUGUUUGUCGAUUACAAUUAUAAUAUAUACAAGUUGUACGUAAAAAAAUAAAUAUAAAUGCUGUAAACACA